GCUUAUAGAACCAGUCGAGCAGUGACGCAAGAUGCAACUCUGUGAGUAUCUAUACGUAUCCAUGAAUAUUCGUCCACCUCAUAGUGAGGUCCACGGGUACGAGUGCUCCCCUAUACCGACGGCAGGCACCGGAUCACCGCCCCGUUGUUCUGCCCCUCUGUUUACAUUCUCGCAGAGCCACGCGCUCGGACCUCAAGAUGAUCAUCCACCCCGGCAACCGAUGGCGCCUUCCUUCUUUGAGACAGCUACGGAUAAUGCCUCUCGCUAAAAAAAGAGGCUGGUGUCUUUUUUUUUUUUUCCCUUAGUAUUUUCCGGGGGAAGGU